CCACCUUUACCGAACUUUCUUCCAGGUCCCCAACUAAUCACCAGCACACGCAAGUCUGAAAGUCUCACUCUCUGACGGUCUGACCGAGAAGGAAAACUUCCCGGAAAACACGAAGGAAAAUCAACACACAGCGUCCCACUCCUCACUUUCUCAGUAACCAAACACAAACACUUGGAUUAAACUCUCUCUCUUUUCUCGGGGGACUGACUGCGAUGCCAUGAGCUAAACGACGGCGUAUAGCGAAGAGAGUGGGUUGGGAGAUGGGAGCGGCGGUGUCGGGUCUCGGGGAGGGGGCGAACGGGUCGGGCAUGGGGCCGAGUCUGGGUGACAUACCGGAGAGCUGCGUGGCGUGCGUGUUCAUGUACCUGACACCGCCGCAAAUAUGCAAUCUGGCGAGGCUGAACCGGGCGUUCCGGGGCGCGGCGUCGUCGGACUCGGUCUGGGAGUCGAAGCUGCCGCCGAACUUCCAAGAUCUGCUUGAUCUGUUGCCGGCGGAGCGGUACCAGAAUCUGUCCAAGAAGGACAUCUUCGCGCUCCUUUGUCGCCCCGUGCCAUUCGAUCACGGCAAUAAGGAAGCGUGGUUGGAUAGGGUGACGGGAAGGGUUUGCAUGGCGAUAUCGGCGAGAGGCAUGGCUAUAACCGGAAUUGAUGACCGGAGAUACUGGAAUUGGAUUCCUACCGAAGAAUCUAGGUUCAAUAGUGUGGCCUAUUUGCAGCAAAUAUGGUGGUUCGAAGUAGAUGGGGUGGUAAAGUUCCCCUUUCCAGCUGAUACUUAUACUCUGUCAUUCAGGCUUCAUCUUGGAAGGUUUUCCAAAAGGCUGGGACGACGUGUGUGUAACUUUGAGCACACCCAUGGUUGGGAUAUAAAGCCAGUACGAUUUGAGUUUUCUAAUUCGGAUGGUCAGCAGGCAUCAUGUGAGUUCUUUUUAGAUGACACUGAACGUGAUGAUAUCAAUGGCAAUCAUAAGCGUGGAUGCUGGAUAGAUUACAAGGUAGGUGAAUUUGUUGUUAGUGGCUCGGAACCCGUGACUGAAGUAAGAUUUUCCAUGAAACAGAUAGAUUGCACACAUUCUAAAGGUGGGCUUUGUGUAGAUUCUCUAUUUAUUAUCCCCAGUGAUUUAAAAAAGCUUAAAAGAAGAGGGGUUUUGAAGUAGCCAUAUACUUAACAGUGAAAUUGUUUAGUGAUGUCAGUGAUUUAGAUGUGAUUUAUUAUACAGAUUAUACUUCUGAAGGCAUUUUUUUUUUUUUUUUUUUUUUUUUUUGUGUUGAAGGAAGUCAUCUUUGUAGGUUUUUGCAGUAGGUAUUUGUCGUCUAUGGUUAUGUAAUUCUCAUUUGUGUAUUCCAGUUUUGUCUGUCUGUAUACCUUUGCUUACAAGAUUACGAAAACAUGCUUUGGCUUC